AACUAAACCAGACUAACCUAAUAAGGUGAAAAGUGUUUAAUUUUGUAACUACAAAUAAUAUUAGUUUUAACCUUGUGAGUGAUUAAUUACGUGAAAUAUAUUUUAAUUUACUCCAGAUUACGUUGUCUCAGUGAAAUAAUAAUUAAUUAUCUCUGGAGGAAGUGUUUUAAAUUAAUUCAUCGUUCUCAGGCUGCUUAUCAAACACACCGAUCUCAUUGUGAUGACUCGAAUCGCACCCAAUUAUCACACAAAGCAGUGGGGAAGAUGUCAUUCACACUAGGAUGACUCUGUGGAUAUCAUGCUGGAAAUGAUGGAUUCUUGCAGCAUGUCAGAGUCUGUUGAAACUCUAUCCGGUGAUGUAAGUGAACCAAAUGAAACUGCUAGAGGCUCAAAUGGACCCGCGUUUGAGAAUGUGAUGGAUUUCACAAAGAAAAUUAACUCCUCCACCAGUUCUCUAACUUCUCCUGUUGAUUCGGGGGUUGUCCUACUGGAUGAGGUAGAACCUUCGACAGAUACAAAAAAAGAGCCCCAUGUCUGUGCGAUUCAAGGGGUCGAAGCUGUCGAACCAACAAGCCAAAGCACUCCUGUGUCAGGUGCAACCACUGAGCAGGUCACCGGAGAUGAUGAGAUAGUAUUCCAAAGAAAAACCCGCAAAAAAGUCUUGAAAGAUAUUAAAAGCAAGAGGGUCUCAUUUCAUGAAGAUGUCAAUACCCUUGAUGCAGCAGAGAACAAAGAUAUCAAAAUCAAUGUCGGUCUCACAGACAGAGUCAGUGCUGACAUCCUCACGCCAACAGAACAAGGACAAGAUCUUAAUAGUUCAUUAGUGUUGAGCUCUAAUUUUACAGAGCCGGUAUUUUCAAUCGAGAAAAUGUUCUCUAAACUAAAAAAUAGUGUUUUAACGUUAGCCGAACGAGGGGUUCCCGAAGGACAGGAAGACCCGCUCAAUUGCUCCUCAUAUAUCGAAUUCGACUCUUCACUAUCAUUCGGUUCCAAGCACCUCACGCAAACUAAAGCGUCAGAGUCUGAUCGAACAACGAGGUUGAAAAGUCCCGCCGUGAGGAACGUCCUAUCUGAAGCUCCAUCAAAAGCUCCUCUAGUCAAUCGGUUUCUACUAUCACUACAAAUGAAGGAAUCGAGAAAAAAGCAUGCUUCUCUAAACCGGCGACAUCAAAUCAGAGGAAUCAAAUCUCAUCGACCCCUAAUUGUCAAAGUUAAACCGUACGACAUAAAUCUUAAAAGUUUUGAGCAUGUUCUGAACGAAUUGAAUGAUGAAAUCUCAGUGAAUCUUUGCAACAGGUUGGAAACAAACUGGCAGAAGGAUGUAGAGGAAAGACUAGAAACUCACCUUUUCAAAGGCAAGGAAGUGAAAAUUCACAAGGUGUUCAGAGUUUUAAGUACAAUUGGUGAGCCUCUGCUCACAAUAUUAACCGAUACUUCAUUAUUAGUGAUAGCUUACGAUCAAAAUGAGCUGGUCAUUCGUUUUUCAAUUACUUACAGUAAUAUCAAAAUAAUCAUGGUAGGGCCUGGAAACUUAACACUAAUGUUCAUUGAGCAAUAUCCCUUUGGUCAUUCUCACUUCACCAUCGUCACGGACAAUGAAAAUCUUCAUGGAGGCAAUGAUCUGAUAAGCCAUCUUGAAGUUAUAGUCCGCCAGAAGAAAUGUCCUACCAUCCCUGUCCUUUCCUCGUCGAUCCACGAGGAUAAGAAAUUUUUGAAAAAAACCUCUAUUGAAGCAAAUGAAGAAACAACAUAUUGCCAGUGGAUUUGGCUUCAACAGAUUUUUGCAAGUGACGCUUAUGCUCUUGGUCCAAUGAGAGAGGGUUAUCUCAUGUACAGGCAAACAAAAAGGACAAAAUGGGCGCCUAGUUUUAUUUUACUCAAGGCCAGUGUCAUUUAUGUAUUUACCGACUCAAAUUUAAAAAUACCCAUACACGUUAUACAUCUUAAAACAAAAAAAUUCAAGGGGGCAAGGAAAUUUCCCGACUCCAGGCAACCUCAUGCCUUUGAAGUUUUAUUUGAUCCUGACAUUUCUGUUCAGUUUGGUGCUGCUAGUGAGGAAGAUUUAUUUGAGUGGUUAGAUGCUGUAUCUCUUUCAACUUUUGGAGCUGAAGACUGUCAAGUUGUUGCGAAACGCCAUUUGGAUCCUGUCAUUGGAUGCUGUCUUCUCCUAACAACAAAGCAUAUUGUGAUGUAUCAAUUGCCUUGCGAGGUGCUGUCUUGCCUUUUGUUGACAACUUUAAACGUUGUUAAAUUUUCAUCAACUCAUAGUUAUUGUGUUCUGGAAUUUGAUUGUUGUGAGGCUAAUGAAACAAACGGAGAUUGGGUUAUUCAUUUCUCUUCAGAGCAAGGUCUCAACAAAUUUUAUAAUGUGUUAAGCUCAGUUUUACCAAAUUUACAUCAGAUCACGGAUAGAAUCGAUGUUACUUCUGAUUUUGCAAUUCGAUGUAUGGAAAGAAACAAUUCGUUGAAAAACGUCUGGUCCUGUUUUCUAUGAGAAACGAACUGUCUUUAUUUAGGAACAAAUUUUUUAAUGUAAGUACUCGUAAAAUAAUUCAACUUUUCAGACGUUCUAUUUUCAAUGCUUGAUUUUGACAUUACCAAUGUAAGGAUUUUUAGUCUGUCUGCACUACAAUUUCACAAAUCAUUCCUCGCCUUGUCCUUUACUUAAAUCUUUUUGAUGAAGUUAUCUAAAUCUGGGGCUAUCAAACUAAAAUACUCAAUUAUGCACCGAACAAAAAUUUCAACAGAUUGAAUGAUGUUGGAGUCGGAAAACAUAACAAAAAUUAAAGAAACUUUUUAAAAUGUUGUAUCUUCUCUUAUGGCUUCUCAUUCCCCCUCCCCCUCCUAUAGGAAAGGAACAGUUGAAUUUCAAGAAGGGCUUUAUGUUGGGAAAGUAUUAAAGUAGGCUCUUCUUUUCCUAUGAUUUGAUUACCUAAAAUGAAAAUACUGGAGGGAACUUAUUCCCGGCAAAUGGUUUAAAAUAGUUAGAACAUUUUUAUCUUUUGAAAAGUCAGAAGUCCGUAUUGAAAAACACUUUCUUUCCUUGCAAAGUACCAUGUAGUUUUUUAUUCAAUUAUGAAGUACCCAACUCUUUCAUGUUUUAAAUUCCAAUAUUUUACUAUCUUUUCAUCAAAAAUUCCUAAGAAAAAUUGUUCGGAAAACUGUCGUCUCCAUUCAGCAUAUCAUAGAGCAAUGUGCAAGCUCAAAAUCCAAAAUUAUCCAAAAUAGUAGAGUUUAGAGGGGUUAUGGUGAUAUGGUGCUGAACAGUCGGGUUUAAGGAGAAUCAGCCUAACUACAUUAGAUGUUGCAUAAUUUCUUCUAAUGUUUUAUUUUUUCAACGGAUAAAUUUUCAAAAUAUUUACUUGAAAUUUUGUGAGUACAUAAUCUAUAAUCUUGAGGAAAUUCAUGGAAAGUUUCAAGGCCUCAUAUAGCUUUGUUCUGUGCUAAAAAAAAUAAAAUUGGAGAAGAAAUUCGGCAAUAUCUAAUGUAGUUCGACUGUUUCUGCCCUAAUUUGUCCCAAUCAUAAUAGAAAUCUGAAAACCUCUGUUCAUUUUUUUGUUUACUUACCUUCAUCAUGUAUACAUAAUGAUGAAAGUGCAUCAAGCUUUCACUGACGUUUCCAGAAAAAUAUAUUUUUGUUGCGGGUUUGAAGUAAAUGAUUCCAGGGUAAGUAAAUGAUUUCUCUUGUGGGGGUUUGUUUAGUCUACUUAAAGUCAGAAAGAUGUAGGAACAGGUUUUUCUUAACCAAUAUUGGAACAUUUUAAAGCUAUUUUUUUGAUUGGCAAAGCUUGAGUCGAAUAUUUUUCUCUCCAAUGUAACUAAAAUAUAUCUCUCAUCUUUUAUACUCGUAUCUUAUGCUUAUAUUUUAUAAAUAUUGUAUCUUAGGUACUACAUUUUGUUUAGCUUGGAUGUAUUGUUAGCAUAAGUUUUUGUCAAAUAGUAAUACAAAUAUCACAGCAAAUGUUACUUUAAUCCUCCGACUUAAAUUUUGUCUGAAGAUUCAAGUAUGUAUGUAUCCUGAUUGCCAUUUGAUUUUAUCGUAAAACUCAUGCAGGCCACUUCCUGUUACUCUCCCAAAGUUGGCAAACUAUAUUGAAAUUAGCCGCAACAUUUUAUUGAUGCUGAGAAAUUCACUCCAUGAUUUUUUGAUCAUAGAUAUUUUUUGAAAAAUCACCCUCAUAUUUUUUUGUCUCUUUUUACUUGACCCAAGUCCGUUCCCUGUUUUAACCUUUUAUGUAUCAUUUUUAUUUUGCUUCAAGCUGGGAAAAUGUUUCUGCCUUUCUACCUACUUUUCAGGAAGCAAUGCUUCAUAUUUCAACCAGAUUUUAGCAACUUUAAUCAAUCUCGACGUAAAAGUAUUGCCUAUUUUCUCUCAUGAUUUGCAAAGAAAGAGAAAAGAAAAGAAAAAAAAUCGCCUCAAGAUUUUUCAAGACAAUCCAGAAAUGUCAAGUUUUUAGGCAUUAUAAUGCCCAGUUGAAGAUAUAAAAGAUGAAAGGCAACAAGAGAUGCAGUUAGGUUGAUUCUGGUUGAAGUAGCAUGUUAGUUGGCUCGUCCAUAUCAAAACAGUUGCUAUCUCUCCUUCUUUUAAGUCGGGUUUUUGUAAUCUCAAAUUUUUUUGCGUAAUUUUGACGUAUCUAAGAUCUCACACAAGUCCACCAAAUUCGUUUACGCAGGAUAUAAAAUUUAAAAGACCGUUAUAAAGUAUUUUGCUUGGUUCAACGGUUUAAUUAUUUGCAAGGAAGUAUGAGACUGAUGAAAAAAUAACACUGAAUGAUAUCUCACGAAAAAAGUGCACCAAAUUUUACCUGCACCAACGAAUUUUUCAAAUUUCUAAGAUUUCUUGCAGUGGAAAAGUUCAACUCUUGUUAUGUACAUUAAUACAUGUCAUUUUCAAGGUUCUUUUUCUGCGGCUCAAAGAACCCUUAAGAAAAAGAGCUUCUUAGUUUAGUUUCUGAUGUUGAAUUAUACUAUUCCUCCCACUUUACCAAUGAUUGGAAUCAAAUCUCCGUAAUUUAUUGUGAUAUACUAGCGUUAUCAAAUUUCUACCCUCAUCAUUAAACAAGUCUUGUUUUGAAUGUUUGUUGCUAUUAUUAGUUGUUACUUCUGAGAAAAUGAAAAUCUAUGGGAGCUCUUGACUCUUGAGAUGACGUCUUACACUUCAAGUCCUUUUUUUACCUAUCAAUAAAUUUAUCUAUUUUUCCUCAUUUGUUAAGUCUGUUACUGAAGGACUCCUAGUUAUUAAUUUACUGACGUUUGUCCUGGUUCUUCCUCUAUGUGAAAGGUGUUACAGAGGUCGCUAACUGAUGAAUUGUGAUUGAUUCUGUUCUGA